AUGAGUUCAUGCGGUUUUACUUUUGGUAAAUUUGAAAAUCUCCUCGGGACUAAGAAGGUAAUACCUGUCUAUAGUCAAAAUUAAAAUGAACAAUCCUUUAAUUCAGCUUAAAAUUACCCAACAAAAGAAGAUUUUGAGAAGAAAUUAAAUUCCUCACAUAGAAGAGGCAAGAGUCACAUUCUAAUUUCACAGGAAGAAGAAGAUAUUAGAGAUGACUUUAAGCAGUAUUCUGGAUCAUAUGACAUUAAUGAAACAUGUGUUACUGAAAAUUUUAAUAACAACACUUUGAGUGUUGGCAAAUCAAUAUAAACCUCAAUAUUCCGCAAAAGCUCUUACUGA